AUCAAUUAUUAAUAUUAAUGAUAUUAAUAAUGCUCCAAAUGAAAACAAUGAUAUCUUAAAUGUGAAAUAUGAAGAACUUUACUCUUUUUCUUGUAAAGAAAUAGUGCAAAUGGAUGAUGCUAAUAAAAACAGUAAAGUAAUGCAAGUGGAUAACGGUGGUGAUGUUGAAGAUGAAGAUCAUGAGGAAAACGAAGAAAUAAUGCAAGAAGUUAAAGAUCACGAGGAAAGUGAAGAAAUAAUGCAAAUAGAUAAUGUUAAUAAAAACAGUAAAGUAGCGCAAGUGGAUAAUGGUAGUGAUGUUGAAGGCAAAGGUCAUAAGGAAGGUGAUGUUGAAAGCGAAGGUCAUGAUAAAGGUGAUGAAAAAGGUGAUAAUGAAGAAGACGAUGAAGGUGGUAAAGAGAGUAAUGAAGGAAGUGAUGAAGAUAAGAAUGAAGAUGAGGAUAAUGAUGAUGAACGAAAUAUUAAGCGACAACGAAUUGUGACAAAAACUUCUAAAAGGGUUAAUCGACCCUCUAUAUCUACUUUCCUUCAAGAAGUAUCCCCAGAUAUUAUAAAUCAAUGUAUUAUUUUAGCAUCUAUUACACAGGAUAUUAAUUUUGACAAAAUUGAAAUUAAUCCGACAAAAAAAAUUGCAACACUUAAGAACAAUCGAGGCGAAAUUGUAUUGGAGCCAAUAAACCCUAUCGAAAUUAGGAA